GUGCACCUCAGCUCCGAGCCGCUAACGGACGCGCACCGAUUCAAAGCUUCCAUUUGAUGGCGACGGCAAGCCGUCAGAGCUGCGGCUGAAAACUCAACUGAAGCGGAACAGCUCGGGGGGUGGGGGGCCACUAGCCAACUGGCUAUAUGUUAAACUUAAGCGAAGAUAAAGACGAGUCGGACAGGUUAGCUGGUUCAGCCAACGCGAGGCAAUAAUGUUUUCGAGAAAGAAAAAGGAACUCAUUAAAACGCCGUCAAUAUCGAAGAAGAGCCCCACAGGAAGCGUCGGACCGCACAACCCAUCACUCUCUGUUGUCCAGGAGCAGCCCCGCAAGGAUGCGGUGGACGGCUCCUCCUUCCCCGCCCAGCCCUCCUCUGGCCUCCUGGACCCUGUCUCCUCGUCCUGCCCGGGCACGCCCUCGGCUCUGCACAGCAAGAUGGUGGGGUGCCCCUCGCCCGUCGCCACCCUGAAGCGGCCCACCGCCCUGAGCCGGCACGCCAGCGCCGCCGGCUUCCCAUUCCAGACCGCCGGCACCUGGGGCUUCAACAAGGGCCACGGCAAGGCGGCGGCCACGGCCCAGAGCCCCACGCUGGAGGCGGGCGACGGCAUGGUGAUCGACGUGGAGGACAUCCCGCCGCUGCUCCGGGACGUGGCGCGCUUCGCUGAGGCCGUGGAGAAGCUGAAGGACGUGGUGCUGGGAGAAGGCAAGCAGGAGAACCGACGGCCUCUGGCCCACGAGUGCCUGGGAGAGGUGCUGCGCAUUCUGCGGCAGGUCAUCGGCACGUACCCGAUGCUCAACACCGUGGAAACCCUUACUGCCGCCGGCACGCUCAUCUCCAAGGUCAAAGGAUUCCACUAUGAGGGCCCCACUGAUUUGGACAAGAAGGAGUUUGAGAAGGCCAUUGAGACCAUAGCAGUGGCUUUCAGUAGCAAUGUGUCGGAGCUGCUGAUGGGGGAGGUGGACAGUAGCACUCUCCUGUCUCUGCUGCCCACAGAGAGAAGCAGGUCCAUGGAAAACCUGUACGGGGGCCUGCCGGGGCAGGGGACCGACGCAGCCCUGGCCAAGACUGACCUGCAGGCCUUCGUGUGGACUGCAGAGGAGGUGGAUAUUAUCCUGCAGCGUAGUGAGGGGGGUGUAGACUCCGCCCUCACCUACUCCAAGAGCAUCUCCAAGUACCUGAAGGAUGUCAUCAACUACGUGGAGAAGAGGACUGCACUCGAGAUUGAGUUCGCCAAGGGUCUGCAAAGACUCUAUCAGUCUUGUAAGCCGAACAUUAUACAGCCUCAUAUGCCCUUCUAUUCCAUCUACUCGCUCGCCCUGGAACAAGACCUGGAGCAGAGCCUUGGCGUGCAGCAGACGUGCAGCAACCUGCACGCGCAGACCUUCCUGCAGCCACUGACGCAGCGUAGGCAGGAGCACGAAAAAAGACGCAAGGACAUAAAGGACCAAUGGCACAGGGCCAAGAGGAAGCUGAUGGAGGCAGAGACGAACCUGCGCAAGGCCAAGCAGGCCUACAUGGCCCGCUACGAGGAGUACGACAAGGCCAAGACUGUGGCCAGCAAGGCAGAGGAGGAGCAGCAGGGCGGGGCAGGAGGAGGCUCCACCACCAAGGCCCUGGACAAAAAGAGACGCCUAGAAGAGGAAGCGCGCAACAAGGCUGAGGAGGCAGAGGCCACGUACCGCACCUGCGUCGCCGACGCCACCACCCAGAACCAGGAGCUGGAGGACGUGAAGGUGAACGUGCUGAGGCAGAUCCAGGAGGUGAUCAGACAGACGGACCACAUGCUGCGCUCGUGCACCAUCUCCUACUACCAGAUCAUGCACAUGCAGACAGCCGCCCUGCCCGUGCACUACCAGACCCUGUGUGAGAGCAGCAAGCUGUACGACCCAGGCCAGCAGUACGCCGCCCACGUCAAAGACCUGCAGAUGGUGGAGGAGCCCGAGGCCCAGUAUACCUUUGAGGCAUACUGCUCUGUCCAACCGGCUGUCAGGCCUCGCAAUGACAGCUUCAACACAGAGCGGCAGAGCAGCACGGAGGCCCCGCCCAGCUCUGGGGAGGCGGGGCCAGGAGACGGGGGAGCGGCUUCAAAAGACCAGCAGAGGCGGGGCCGCAGUCACCCAUCCCACAAGUCCUGGCCCUCGGCAGUGAGUGACACUGACAGCGUAGGAGGGGGGAGCGGCCUGGAGUCCCCCACCACCAGCACAGGCGACAUCUCAAAAAUGCCCCGGACGUCUUCCACGGGGACCAUGUCGUCCAAUGAGGAGCAAGACGAAAAAGAUGGUGGCGUGAGCUCAUUCGAGCGGAGCAUAAACGGGAUCGAGCCUGAGAUCGCGGUGCCCACCGGUCCGUUCCGCAACGUGGGGCUGUCCAAGGCUGCGCAGACGCACCGGCUGCGCAAGCUGCGGACGCCGGCGAAGUGUCGGGAGUGCGACAGCUACGUGUACUUCCAGGGGGCGGAGUGUGAGGAGUGUUUCCUGGCCUGUCACAAGAAGUGCCUGGAGUCCCUGGCCAUCCAAUGCGGCCACAAGAAGCUGCAGGGCCGCCUCCAACUGUUCGGCAGGGACUUCACCCAGGUGUCCCACGGCAGCGCUGAGGGCAUCCCCUUCAUCAUCAAGAAGUGCAUCGUGGAGAUAGAGAAGCGGGCGCUGAAGAUGAAGGGCAUCUACCGGGUGAACGGGGUGAAGACGCGGGUGGAGAAGUUGUGCCAGGCCUUCGAGAACGGCAAGGAGCUGGUGGAGCUCUCCCAGGCCUCACCACACGACAUCAGCAACGUGCUGAAGCUCUACCUCCGACAGCUCCCAGAGCCUAUUAUGCCCUUCCGGAUGUACAACGAACUGAUGGGCGUGGCCAAGGAGAGCCUGCAGGCAGAGUCUGGCGAGGGCGGGGAGGCUGUGAAGGGGGCGGAGCUGGUGGACAACGGCCCCGACACAGACCCUGAGGUGCUGACCCUGGUGGACAACCUGCGGGAACUGGUGAAGGACUUGCCCAAGGCCAACGUGGCCACGCUGCGCUACAUCAUAUGCCAUCUGCGCAGGAUCGCAGAGCUGGAGCAGGACAACAAGAUGAGCCCCAGUAAUUUGGGGAUAGUGUUUGGUCCCACCCUGAUGCGCCCCCGCCCCACGGGGGCCACCGUGUCCCUGUCCUCCCUGGUGGACUACCCCCACCAGGCCCGCGUCGUGGAGGCGUUCAUAGUCUUCCACCGCCAGAUCUUCCAGUCCGGCUCAAACCCCGCCUCUUCUUCCUCAGGCUCCGCCUCCCAGAGGCACAGUCAGGACUGCAGCGGGGAAGCUGGGAAGGAGGGCGGGGACGAGGCUAACGGACAAGAGGCCGAGCAGGGCGGGGCGGAGUCCGCGGAGAAGGGCAAAGAGUUCUGUGGCAAUUCCUUGGGCUCCUCGGGAUCCCAUGAGAGAUCUCUGGAUUCUGAUUCGGAGCUGGAGGAAGGGGGUGGCGGCUCCCGCAGCAAGCUCCCUCGUCUGGCCAAGCAGGAGAGCGAGACCAGCACCGAAGACGACCAGCUGAGCCCCAGAGCGAGCCUUGACCUCACGGGGCAGGCUGUUCCCCCCGCCAUACAGGAGCAGGAGCAACCCCCGGUCCCGGACAGCGAACCGCCCGACAGUGAAGAAUAGCGAAGCCCACCCCGCUGCCCCCUCAGACAGAGAGAGCCCAAGCCAGAGCUGGCCUCUGUGUGGUUGGAGCUCGACACCCAUCAACCCUAAGGCAUCAGGGCCC